CACAGCACUAUGCCUACAAAUUCGACUGAUGAAACCUCUCGCAAAAAUGAACGAUCCAUGCACAAACCCACUUCUGACGACGAAAACAUCGCCAGGCUCAGAGGCGGCGCCGGAACUAGCCAAGCACGUCAUGGAUGCAGCCUGUUAUUCAAACAGCUACUACUCACAUGCCACCGACCCGACUCCAACUCCAGCAGUGACACUGAAGAUUCACCAAUCCGAAUCCGAGACCCAACCUAUAUAGCCCGAACAAUGCGUAGAGCACAAGGUAAUGCGCGCCUCCCCAAGAACCUUUCUCGCACAACUGCCACAUCACGCACGACAAGAAGCUCCUCCAGCAACGGCAAUGUAGUACCUUAAUCCCAGACAGCCACUUU